AUAAAGGAGUCACCGAAGGACUGUUUGGAAUGCUUUGUUUAGUUGAUAGUGUUGUUUUUUUAUAGUUAGCAGGACAGCUAGCUGACGUGCUAACUCAGCUAGCUGGCUAACUUGAGCACUAGUUCCUGUACAGGCUCAACUUUGUCAGACAGCUAACACAGUUAUUAGCAAAUAGUAACAGCGCUCCAGACAGUCCAUAACAUAUUAAAUAGUUUUGUCGUAUAGUUUACUGUCGUCUUGAGCCAGAAACCCGUAAAAAGCGAGUCUAGUGGAACUAAUUCACAUUUUAUUAUCUGAAAAAACGGAAGGAACACAGACGGGUCGCUAGCCGCUGGCUAACAAAAACAAAAUCAGCAGGCUCGAAGCUGGACAUGAUGGCUGAUGAAAACAAACUGAGCAAGAGCUCAAACUUCUCUGCUUUUGCAGAAAACAGUAACGGCUUGACAAAAGCCCCGAAUUCAGUGACUUCAAAAAGUGGUGCAUCAAAAAAACUGGUAAUCAAGAAUUUCAAAGACAGACCCAAGCUGACAGAAACCUACACAGAGGACACGUGGCUGAAGUUGCGCGAUGCUGUCGGUGCUAUACAGAACAGUACUUCAAUCAAAUACAACCUGGAGGAGCUCUAUCAGGCAGUGGAGAAUCUUUGCUCCUACAAAGUUUCUCCCAUGUUAUACAAGCAACUCCGGCAAGUUUGUGAAGAUCAUGUACGGGCACAAAUCCAACUCUUUAGAGAAGACUCUCUGGACAGCCUGUCGUUCCUAAAGAGAAUGAACAGAUGCUGGCAGGAUCACUGCAGACAAACGAUUAUGAUCCGUAGCAUAUUUCUCUUUCUGGAUCGUACAUAUGUCCUACAGAACUCCCUGCUUCCCUCUAUCUGGGACACGGGAUUGGAACUGUUUCGGACACACAUCGUGAGCGACAGUGCGGUCCAGAGUCGUACGGUAGAGGGGAUUCUGGAGCAGAUUGAAAAAGAAAGAAAUGGCGAGACUGUGGACCGUAGUCUCCUGCGCAGCUUACUGGGCAUGCUGUCAGAUUUACAGGUGUAUAAGGAAUCACUUGAGCACAGGUUCCUAAUGGAGACGGAUCGAUUGUAUGCAGCAGAGGGUCAAAGACUGAUGCUGGAGAGAGACGUGCCUGAAUACCUGCAUCAUGUAGCGAAGCGACUAGAGGAGGAGAACGAUCGUGUCAUCAGCUACCUGGAUCAGAGCACUCAGAAGCCGCUGAUCUCUGUUGUAGAGAAGCAACUUCUCGGAGAACAUUUGACAGCCAUUUUGCAUAAAGGUCUAAGCACGCUGUUAGAUGAGAAUCGUGUAACAGAGUUGACCCUGCUGUAUCAGCUCUUUAGUAAAGUUAAGGGAGGGCUGCCUGCGUUAUUACAGUUCUGGAGGGAAUACAUCAAGAGCUUUGGAGCCGAGAUCGUGAGCUCUCCAGAGAAAGAUAAGGACAUGGUGCAGGAGCUGCUGGACUUUAAGGAUAAGAUGGACAACGUAGCACAAAACUGUUUCCAGAGGAACGAGACCUUCAUUAAUGCCAUGAAAGAGGCCUUCGAGAGCUUCAUUAACACAAGACCUAACAAACCAGCUGAGCUGAUUGCCAAGUACGUGGACUCUAAACUUCGUGCUGGUAACAAAGAAGCCACAGAAGAGGAGCUGGAAAGAAUCCUGGACAAAAUCAUGAUCAUCUUCCGCUUCAUUCAUGGAAAGGACGUGUUCGAAGCGUUCUAUAAGAAGGAUUUAGCCAAGCGCUUGUUGGUGGGCAAAAGUGCCUCUGUGGACGCUGAGAAAUCAAUGCUGUCCAAACUCAAGCACGAGUGUGGUGCAGCGUUCACCAGCAAGCUUGAGGGCAUGUUCAAAGACAUGGAGCUCUCCAAAGACAUCAUGAUCCAGUUUAAACAGUACAUGCAGAAUCAGAGUGACCCCAGCAACAUUGAUCUGACCGUCAACAUCCUCACUAUGGGUUACUGGCCCACCUAUACCCCCAUGGAGGUCCAUCUUCCCCCUGAGAUGGUGAAGCUGCAGGAGGUGUUUAAAAUGUUCUAUCUGGGCAAGCACAGUGGACGAAAGCUUCAGUGGCAGGCCACCCUGGGUCACUCUGUGCUUAAAGCAGAGUUCAAGGAGGGUAAAAAGGAGCUGCAGGUGUCUUUAUUCCAGACUCUGGUCUUACUCAUGUUUAACGAGGGCGAGGAGUUCACAUUAGAGGAGAUCCAAACCGCUACUGGAAUAGAGACGAGCGAGCUGAGACGCACGCUGCAGUCCCUGGCCUGUGGCAAGGCGCGUGUGCUUAACAAAAAUCCCAAAGGGAAGGACGUGGAGGACGGAGAUCGUUUCAACUUCAACAGCGACUUCAAACAUAAACUGUUUCGCAUCAAAAUCAACCAGAUCCAAAUGAAAGAGACGGUGGAGGAGCAGGUCAGCACUACAGAGCGGGUGUUCCAGGACAGGCAGUACCAGAUAGACGCUGCCGUGGUGAGAAUCAUGAAGAUGAGGAAGACUCUCAGCCACAAUCUGCUCCUGUCAGAACUCUACAACCAGCUCAAGUUUCCUGUCAAGCCAGGUGACUUGAAGAAGCGCAUCGAGUCCCUCAUCGACAGAGACUACAUGGAGCGAGACAAGGAAAAUCCCAACCAGUAUCACUAUGUCGCCUGAGGUUCCAGCUGGAGACGCUCUCUCAGCCGGUGAUCGAGGCUCUGCCCUUUAUUUGGGCCCCAGCUUUACCUCCGACAGGCCCUAGAGCAGCCUGUAACCCCCCCCUCCGAGACCCCAAUAAUGCCCACUUAACAUGAACAGGGUUAAAAUCUGGGCACACUGUAGUCUGGAGGGGUGAGGUUAACGAAUGACUUCAGGAGGCUCGCAAGAGACGAAUCAUCAACAGAUUUCCACAGACAAGCACUUUUUCUCUUCUUAUUUUCGAUUUGUUUGACUUUUGUCUGUUAUUGGCUAGCAGUUUAGUUCAGUUCUGUUGGAACGGACAACAGUUCGGCAACAAAGCGCUUGGCUAGAUGCACAAGUUUAGUUUUGAAAGGCUUCGGGGGGACAAUUCUUGCUCAGGCUCAGACUUUUAAAUCUGGAGCAACCGUGCGUUUUACUCACGAAUACAUACGUACACAUUACAAAAUGUAAAUUCUUUAAAACGACUCGCUUUCUAGGCUUUAUGUAGUGAAAAAAGUAAAAAAAAAAAAAAAAUGUGUGAAUUUUUUAUGACCCGUCUAAGCACCUUUUUGUGUAUGUUUGAGUGUUAGGUGUGUUUGCGUGUGCAUAUGUGUGUUAGAUUCUUCUCCUAAUUCUCCUUCAUCACUAAAUAUUUCGACCAGCAUCUCUGCUCUAAACAUUUUGUAGACAAAGAGGUUCUGUUCUUUCUAAGUGCAGAAAGAUAUUCAUUAAACCACAAUUAAUUAGAA